GGGGAUCCGGGACCAUCCCAGCCAGUAGGUCGGUUUUGUUACAUACCCAUAAAUAAAACGUCGCAGCGCCGAAGUUUUAGCCUGUCAUUAGACGAGUAGGGCUUCGUCCUAUUACCGGAAAUACAGAAUAAACGAAAUUAGGGCGUCGUUGGUUCAUCCAUGGCAGAGAUUGAGGUACCGUGGGAUGAUGCUGGAAGAGGAGGGAUUGCGGUGGUUGGAGAUUUGAAAGAGUCAUCGUCGCCGGUCCAUAAGAAGCAGAGAUCGGACGAAAAAGAUGAACUGGAGUUAUAUGACGAAGACAUUCGGCAAAUAAAUUUACAAGCUGAUCAAUUGGUUUAUACCGAAAAAGACCAUGCGUUGGAUAGCAUCGUUUCAAUUCUGAACGACUACUACCCUGAUGGCUGCAAUGACGAGAAUGAUGUAUGGUUUAAGUAUUGGCGACAGCUCGUAGAUAGCGAGGGCUUUGAUAUUGACCCUAUCCCGUACCAUGAUACUACGAAGCUGCCUAUCCCGUACCAUGAUGCUAGGAACCUGGCCUUCGUUCCAUUACUGGAGUUGGAAAGUAUUACUAAACUGGCAAAGCUUGCAAUUGAGCAUCACAACCAAAAGAAAGACACAGACUAUGAGUUUGCGAAGGUUGAGAAGGCAAACGCACGAUUUUGGGGUCCAAUUUGUGCCAAUUUUUAUAUUACCUUCCUGGCCAAGGAUCCUUAUGCUGCUUGUGGUUUGACUACCUUUCAAGCUCUGGUAUGGGAAGGUCCAGAACCUGAUGAAUACUAUGUCAAGUUCUGCAGGCCUAAAGUAGUUGCAAAUUGACUUAUCUCUUGUAAGUAGUUGCAAAUAGGUGGUGGUGAUUCCAUCAUGACAUGAUCAUGGUCCGAUGGAAGUUUGCUGCUUUUUGUUGGUUAUGUAGAAUGACCUUGUGUUUCUGAGCUUGAAUUAAAAUACUGCUGACGUAUCUGAAUUUCAUAUGUAGGACUUGAUUUGGUUUGUGAAGUUGGCUUAUAUGUCAUAUUCAUGUAUGCCGGCGUAGGCAAAAUGGAUGCUUGAUAACCCUUUUAUGUGCCAUGUUGGUUAUGGUUAUCUUGCCGUUGAAGUUGUCGACCGGCUCAUACUGCUUGAGACUCCUGCAUGAUUUAUUAUUUUAUGCUUUUCUGUGUCUACCUCACAAACUAGUUGGAUACUCAUAUGUUUUUUAUAACAUCAGUCGUUUGUGGCUUAU